AUGGCACUACCGGGAAAAAUAAAAAAAUUAGAUCAAGUAGUUGUCAAUCGAAUUGCUGCUGGUGAGAUAAUUCAAAAGCCGGCUAAUGCGUUAAAGGAAUUAAUUGAAAACAGUCUUGACGCAAAAGCAAGUGACAUUCAAAUAACUAUCAAAGAUGGUGGAUUAAAAUUAUUACAGCGUUUCACAACCAGCAAAUUAUCCUCCUUCGCUGACCUACACUCCUUAUCAACCUACGGUUUCAGAGGAGAAGCUUUAGCAAGUAUCAGCCACGUGGCUCAGCUGACAAUAACAACGAAGACAGCGCAGGACAAGGUAGCUCACCGAGCGAGCUACGUCGACGGUAAACUUAAAGCUCCUCCUAAAGCGCUGGCAGGGAACCAGGGGACUACAAUUACCAUCGAGAACCUUUUUUACAAUGUACCGCAGCGGAGGAAAGCUCUGGAUAAUAUCAGCGAACAAUUCACCGGGAUAACUGAAGUAGUGACCCGCUACGCGGUUCACAAUUCUUCAGUGGCCUUUACUUUAAAGAAACAGGGCGAGAACAGCCCCUACGUCCGGACUCCCAGCAAGUCUGAUAAAUCAGACACCAUCAAGCUGCUCUUCGGGCAAGCUGUCGCUCGGGAAUUAAUAGAAGUCUCUUUAGAAGACUCGGUAUAUAAAUUCAAGCUCCAAGCACUGAUCACAAACCCAAAUUACUCUAAUAAGAAGCUCGUCUUCUUGUUGUUCAUCAACCACAGGCUUGUCGAGUCAACUUUAAUAAAAAAAAUGCUCGACGACUUGUACUCCAUCUACCUGCCGAAAAAAACUCAUCCCUGGUGCUACAUCUCUCUGGAGAUAGACCCCAACAAUGUGGACGUCAAUGUUCAUCCCACAAAAUCCCAGGUCAAGUUUUUACACGAAGAAGCUAUUGUUGAAAGAGUCAAGGAGGCUCUGGAUGGUAAAUUGUCUUCCAAUAACGCCUCCAGGACUUUUUAUGCCCAGGCUAGACUGCCACAGGUUGACCUCUCCAGGGAAGCUUUGGGUCAAGUCUUGCCUGAUCUUGCGGCUGGGGUUAAUGAGAAUAAAGACAAGGGCAAGGUUCAAGCCAGUAAGAUGGUACGUACUGAUCAUCAGGCUCAGAAGCUUGAGAAGUUUAAUUUUACUCGGGCUCUCAAGACAGUCCAAAAAUUGUUUGGCUCUCAAGAACCUACUAGAGAAGCUAAAACUAAAGAACCUCCCCCUGAAAAUCAAAUUAUCGAGCUUAAAAUAACCUCAGUACCUCCUGAAAUUCCUGAAACUCUCCAGGAGCAAACUCCUGAGUUUUCUGAACCAGUUCCAGAACAAACUUCUGAAUGCACCGAUCUGGAGUCAGUCGAAGAAGAAAAAGAGUCUGACGAAAUAUUCAAAUCCUACUCUGUAAAUUGUUAUAGGCGUCCUGUAGAGCUAACAAGUAUCUUGAGACUGAGGAAGCGCGUGGAGGACAGCUAUCAUGGCGGAUUAAGAAAAAUAUUAUCUGGGAUGAUUUUCAUCGGGUGCGUUGAUGAAAAAUUAGUUUUAUUCCAGAGCGACGUCGAUCUUUAUAUCUGCAAAAUUAAAAAUUUAGCCGAAGAAAUAUUUUAUGAAAUAAUGUUGUAUGACUUUGCUAAUUACGGAGUGCUUAAAUUUUCCUCGGCUUUGUCUCUGGUAGAACUUGCGAAGCUUGGGAUGAAGAAAAAAUCUUCCAAAAGUUCCUUGGAACAAUUCGCGGAACAGAUUAAAGAUUUAUUAGUCAGCAAAUCUGAAAUGUUGAAGGAAUAUUUUGCAAUUGUAAUCACUAAAAAUGGAUACAUAAAAUCCUUGCCGGUUUUGUUAGAAGAUUAUUCUCCAGAUGUUGCUGGAGAACUGCCUAAUUUUGUGGUAAGACUUGCUACUAAAGUUGACUGGACUGAAGAGCAAAAGUGCUUUGAAGAUAUCUCCAGAGAAACUGCGAGGUUUUACAGUAAUGUUGAUUUUAACAAAGAUUGGCGGCAUUCUAUUGAAUAUGUUCUUUUUCCAGCGAUUAAAGAAAGUCUGCUUCCGCCUAAAGAAUUUGCGCAUGACUCCAGUAUUCUUAAGAUUGCUAGCUUACCUGAUUUGUACAAAGUAUUUGAACGUUGUUGA